CGCCCUGGGUACUUAAUCCAGCCACGUGCGUCCAGUAGGUGUCCCUUUGUUCUCGACGGUAGGUAGCUCUGUCACGUGCCCUACCAGGUCACCUGGGUCUGUGGACACCCCCCCCUCCCGGCACACAAGGGCAGUUGGUGGCCGUUGGAGCUAAGCCAUGAGGGCCUCCUCGCGAACACUGAACGGAAUGCCACCGUCUGGAGGAGACUGCAGGUCCCCGUACCAGCUGCUGGGUCAGAGGAUGCUGGACAUUUCCGGGGACCGGGGCGUGCUGAAGCAUGUCAUACGAGAGGGCGCUGGAGAGCUGGUGCCACCUGAUGCUUCCGUGCUAGUGAAAUAUUCAGGGUAUCUGGAGCACAUGGACAAGCCCUUCGAUUCUAAUUGCUUCAGGAAGACUCCUCGGCUGAUGAAGCUCGGAGAGGAUAUUACGCUCUGGGGCAUGGAGCUGGGCCUUCUGACCAUGCGGAGAGGAGAGCUGGCCAGGUUCCUGUUCAAGCCACCCUAUGCCUAUGGAACGCUGGGCUGCCCUCCCCUCAUCCCCCCAAACACCACCGUGCUGUUCGAGAUUGAGCUGCUCGACUUCCUAGACUCUGCCGAGUCAGACAAGUUCUGUGCCCUCUCAGCCGAGCAACAAGAUCGAUUUCCACUUCAGACGGUCCUAAAAGUGGCAGCUACUGAACGGGAGUUUGGCAACUACCUUUUCCGCCAAAACCGAUUCUAUGAUGCCAAAGUGAGAUACAAACGGGCCCUGCUGCUGCUCCACAGGCGGGCAGCACCUCCUGAAGAGCAGCACCUGGUGGAGGCUGCCAAGCUUCUCAUUCUCCUUAACCUGUCUUUCACGUACCUGAAGCUGGACAGGCCCACCAUGGCCCUGCGCUAUGGAGAGCAGGCUCUGAUUGUUGACCAAAAGAAUGCCAAGGCCCUCUUCAGGUGUGGGCAGGCUUGUCUCCUCAUGACUGAUUAUCAGAAGGCACGGGAUUUUCUAGUUCGAGCCCAGAGGGAACAGCCCUUCAAUCAUGACAUCAACAACGAGCUCAGGAAACUGGCCAGCUACUACAGGGACUACGUGGAUAGAGAGAAAGAAAUGUGUCACCGAAUGUUUGCUUCUUGUGAAAAUGGAGGCGACUGAAGGUUUUUCAGCUGACUCCAAGCAAGACGAGGGGCUGCUGGAGUUCCCCGUCAUUAUGGGGGCAGACAGGAGCAGGCUGGGGCAGGGGCUCAGGGAGCACUCCCCACUCAGUUGUUGCACUGGCCUACCUGGAAGAGGGGCUGGAGUCCCACAGCCCUGGUCUCUGCCUCAUCCCGACUGACGGAUGCUGCUGACGUGUGUUUUCACAGGUGCUGUUUUCUGUUUCACGUUUUCAUACAUGGAGUGGGGGAAAGUGUAGCUACUGACAAGUAGAAAACUGUUAUUUUUUAUAAGGCAGUUUCUUGUUUUUUUGUUUUUUUUUUAAAGUGGAAUUAGUUCUUGGCUUUGCUCCCAGUCCCAACCCCCUUCCGGCUGCUCAUGUCCCUGGGUAAAUACAAAUAGAGAUUGCUUUGUGUAUUUUGAAGGGUUCUCUGUU